AUGGUUGAUGGAAAGAUGUGUCACCCGUCAGAUUCCCCGGCGUGGAAACAUUUUAGUGAAUUGCAUACAGAGUUUGCGGAAGAAAUUCGAAAUAUCAGACUAGGCCUGUGUACUGAUGGGUUUCAACCAUUUGGGGCCUUCGGGCAGAAUUAUUCAUCAUGGCCAGUAAUUUUGACACCUUACAAUCUCCCUCCAGGAAUGUGUAUGAAAGAUGAGUUCAUGUUUUUAACUGUUAUUGUCCCUGGGCCUCGAAAUCCUAAACAUCAAAUGGAUAUUUUCCUGCAGCCGUUGAUAGCUGAGCUAAACCAACUUUGGGAAUUUGGAGUCCAGACAUUCGACGUUCAUAGCACAUCUGGGAGACUGGCUUGCCCUCACUGCAUGGAAAAUACAGAUGCUUUCACGCUGAAAGGGAGUAGAAAACAGUCGUGGUUUGACUGCCACGGAAAGUUCUUGCCUCGUGGUCACCCGUACCGUCGUAACACAACUCAAUUCCGUAAAGGGAAAACCGUAAACAAAGAAUUCGGACACCCGAAAACCGGAGAAGAAUUGUUGGCAGAGUUGGACAGUCUGGGGUUUAUGAAGGCAUAUGAAUUUGGGGCUGAGAAAAAUAAUGCUGCGAAGUCGGAAAAUUAUGACCAUGCAAAAUCUAGAGAAGAGUUGAAUGACAUAUGUGAUCGGCCUGAGUUAGCUAAAGAUCCGGUUACUGGGAGAUUUCCUAAGGCGAUGUAUGCUUUGGACAGGGACGGGAAAAAAGCUUUACUUGAGUGGAUUAAGUUAAUAAGGUUUCCAGAUGGCUACGCGUCCAACUUGUCCAGAUGUGUCGAUACAAUCGGUCUGAAAAUGCAUGGAAUGAAAAGUCACGACUGCCACAUUUUUAUGCAAAGACUUCUGCCAAUCGCUCUCCGUGAGCUAUUACCGAAGGAAGUCUGGGAGCUUUUAACAGAGCUGAGUAUCUUCUUUCGUGAGUUAACCUCCACGUCUCUAACAGAGAUAGAUCUAGAUCGUAUGAGGCUGGAAAUCCCAAAGAUACUCAGUAUAUAUUUUGACAUGUCAUGUUCACUAACUGAGGAAUGUGGAAUCAGAUAUUUGAGAAAGCUGGAAAAAAAAGUCAGCAAUAAAGGGAGGGUGGAAGGAAGCAUCAGUAGCGGAUACUUGAAUGAAGAAACCGCAAAAUUUGCAGCUUAUUACUUUUCAGAAGGUGACCCAAUGAUACCUGAGCGGCCGCAAAGGAAUGAAGUUUAUGACAUUGAAGUCGAUGACGAUGUGGACAGACUAUCUAUUUUCAAGCCGCACGGACAAUCAGUGGGUGCUUGCCGCAAGAGAUAUCUUGAAGAUUCUGAGAUUGUUGCUGCUCGGACAUAUGUUCUGUUGAAUUGUUCAGAAAUUGAAAAUUACAGAGAGGUUUUCGAAGGCGAGUUGCGCAGAGAAAACCCUGAAAUCACCAUCUCUCAAAUUGAAGCGAAGUUCGAGAGUCAAUUUGCCUACUGGUUUCAACAAUACGUGCAAGAUCCAACUGUUUGUACUAAUCCCUUUAUUCUUAGUCUCGCUAAAGGACCUCUUAGAUCAGUAAGAACAUUUAAGGGGUACCGUGUAAACGGAUUUAAGUUUCAGACUCAAGCUUAUGGGGAGGAACAGCUUACUAUGAAUAGUGGAGUCUGCGUGAAGGGAACUCAAUAUGUCGACAGCGAAAAUGACUUUUAUGGAGUUCUGACAGACAUAAUUGAGCUGGAGUAUCCGGCUCUUCCAAUGAAGACGACUGUCUUAUUUAAAUGCGAGUGGUUCGACCCAGCACGAAAUUCUGGCACAAUUAGUAACAAAAAAUACAACAUGGUGGAUAUUAAUAACAGAAGGAGAUACAAUAAGUAUGAACCAUUCAUCUUAGCCGAACAGGCCGACCAGGUUCAUUACCUGCCAUAUCCUAGUAAAAGAAGGGAUAAAUUAAAUUGGUGGGCAGUUUGCAGGACAAAGGCAAGAUCUGAACUUGACAUGCCCGAGGGGAUUAUCCCGGCUUUUCAAGACGUGAUAGAAGAAAAUCCUCUCAUUGUUGCAACGGACGACAAUUCGACAUAUUUAGCUGAUGACAACGGAGAAGCUGAAGAAGAUGCGUUGUUCGUGCCUCCUGAUGAAACAGAAUCUGACUUUAUCGCAUCCUCAUCAGAUGAAGAUGAAAUUGAAGAACUUUAGUAGCUUAGAGUAUUUUAUGUAUUAGCAUGUUUCUUAAUUAUAAUUAUGUUUUAUAAUUAUUUAUUCAAGUGUACUAUUUUAAAUUGAAUUCAUAUUUCUUAGUUAUAUGUU